AUGCCAGCAGUUGGUCACAGUCUUUUCCAAGCCUUAUCGUCUGUCCUUUUUUCGGAAGACAAAUUCCACCUACUCCUGCGCCUUGCUACUGUGGAUGCGCUCGCAACGCAUUUCACUGACUUCCUCCCUCACGUGCGCUCACUGGUGAAGGAUAAAAGUGUCGGUCUACUGGAGGUCGUUUUCCGCACAGCAGUAGUUGCAGCAGAGGUUUCGCAGAAAUCAAACGGCAGUGCAAUUCAUCUCUUCGGUCUGGCUACCGCCCUGCAGCGGCCCAUCUGCUCUUAUCGGGGUUUCUUUCAGGGAAAUCAGCCGGAAAAUUGGGAAGGAUAUUCGGCAGGAGAGGUCGAAGUUCUGAUACGCACUGAACGUCGGCCCGGCAAGAAACAUUAUCUGUUCUUGCCAAUCAACACGCCAUCCUCUGCUACGGAGAAGCCGGUGCGCGUGUUGCACACCAUAGAAGAUCACUAUCUGGCUUGCAUUGCGAAACAGGCGGGCUAUGAGGAGCACUUCAUGCCAACGGUGGGCAUUCCCGCCGCCAUCGUUGUUGCGGAAAAGCAGGGGACUUGAAAGGUUAUUGCGGACUGCAAAGCAAGUGGCGCCAGCGUCUACAGUGAUAGGCCGGAAAGCGACUGAUUUAGUAGUUCUGCCCUAUAGAACCGUUUGUUUAGUAGGCGAAUCGUUUCGCGGUUGCUGUUUGUUUUUGUUGACGUAACCGUGACAGGAUAAAAAUUUUGUGAUACAGCAAAUUCUUUUUGCGUUUAUGUUAAGCAUGUCUGUAUGAGUCGGCGUACGCUGGGUU